AUGGUCAAGGCCCAGCCGAUGGAGGUGCUGGUCAACGAGCUGCGCUGCCGACGACUGCCGACGUGGGGAAGGAAAGACCAGAUAGCAUCCAGGGUGUACAGCGCGUUCAGCGCAGAGGGGCGCGCCCUGAACAAGGAGGAGAGCGCGGUGGCGGACGCGGCCCUGGGCCUGGCAGACAGCACGACCGCCGCGGGCGACCCGGGGUGGGACAGCGCGUCGAGCGGCGACGAGGAGGGCGGCACGGGCGGCGAGGUGCUGAGCAGCGCGGCGCUGCAGCACAACCCGCUGCUGGCGCUGCAGGGCAGCACGUCGGGCCAGUUCCUCACCGAGCACAACCAGGAGCGCCUGCUGUCCAACUCCACCAACCUGCAGCUCUCCUUCCUGUGGGGAGGCACCGCGCCAAACGGCAUCAAGCACACCACCAGCUGCGUGGUGCGCACCAUCAAGUCGGUGUGGCUGUUUGACUGCGGGGAGGACACGCAGCGCCACCUCACCAGGAGCGCCUCCAUUUCCUGGGGCAAGCUGGAGCGCAUCUUCAUCAGCAGUCUGUCUGCUGACAACAUCCUGGGCUUGCCCGGCUUCCUGUGCACCAUCAGCGCAGCGCGCGAGAAGGGGCACGAGGCCGCCGACACUCCUGUGCACGUGUACGGCCCGCAGGGGCUGGCAGACUACAUCAACACGAUGCUAUCUGUGUCUCGCACCUACCUGGAGAUGCCUGUGGUCAUCCACGAGUUCUCGGCGGCGGCAGUUCCGCCAGAGGAGCUUGAGGAGCUGAAGCAGAUCAACCCGCGUUCCCGCCUCUACGUCAUGCGCGUGCCGCCUGACCAGCUCAACCCUGAGGGGUACUAUGACGCCGAGAUCCGCACGCUGCUGGCCCGCCACACGCGCAAGCGCAGCAAUUCUGGCAUCGACCUGCGGGCGGGCGUGAUGCCGCAGCCGCUGCCGCCGCCCGGCGACCCGCGGCGCACGGGGCUGCGGGUGGCCGACCUGACCUGGACGCUACGCAUGGAUCAUGAGUGGGUGGUGCGCGUGGCACCGCUGAGGAACAGGCAGCCCACGUUUGGCUACAUGCUGCUGGAGGCAGAUAGGCACGCCCCGCCUGCGCCGUGCUUGGUGGGGUCUGGGAGACUGUGUGUGGAGAGGGCCAUGGAGCUGGGGGUGGAGCCAGGGGUGGACUUCACCAGGCUCAAGCAGGGGGAGUCGGUUGAGCUGCCCGACGGCAGGGUUGUGCAAUCCUCGGAUGUUCUGGGGCCCGUCCGCCGCGGCAGGCGUCUGGCCAUCAUUGGCACCUGCCUGGACUCCUCCACCUUUGCCGCCUCCAUGGCCAGCAGCGCCGCAGAGGGCAACGGCCUAGCCCCACCCUUUGACCUCGUCGUGCACAGCCUGUCCUACCCAGCGGGGGCGGCGGCCCAUGAGGGUAGCGACGCGCUGCCUCGCAGCACGGCGGCCAUGGCGGGCGCCACCGCGGCAGUCAUGGGCGCAAAGGACCUGGUGCUGUGGCAGCAGGCGGCAGGGUUUCUAGAUUUGCCGCAGGCAGCCGACGCGGGCUUCCCAGAGGAGGCCAUCUACGCGGCGCGGGCGGCGCUGGGGUCUGACAACGUCUCCCUGGCGGGCUGCUACUGGUGCCACGAACCUGAGCGUGAGGAUGGGCGCAAGCCCACCUGAGAGACAGUGCCAAAGCCACAGCUUAGGCAAUAAACCGUGUUUCCAGUAUUCUUUUGAGUUGCCUUCUGUUACACUGCUCGAGUGCCGCCAGGUCUUUUACACUGCUUCCGAC